CAACAAGACCUCAUUUUCAAAACCGUCGCUUGCUUUCGUCCUCCCUUUUCCUCCGCUCGUUUCUCCUCUGAGGACCGGACGAUGAGAGUCUUUGCCCACCUCACGCUCGUUUUCACUGUCCCUACUGUGCUGGUCUCCGGCUACGGAACCCCGACGCGCAGAGCCCCUGAUCCCCGCGCGUUGGAGCCCUAUACGAACGCGAGGCGGAUGGCUCUGGGGCUGCCGCCAUUACGGCCACACCGACGAGAGCAUGCUGCCCCUCGCCAGGCUGAACAGUCCGACAGUCCUCCUCACCCGUGAUCUCGUCAGCGCCGGACUUUCCUCCGUCCCCGCUUAUCCCGAGGCCAGGACGACGUGCACAAUCAGGCUUACGACGCUGGACGGCGCGGACAUGGGUUAUGUGAUGGACGCCGGGUGUGGCCCGCAGACGGCCUGUUCGGCUGGAGCCAGGAUGUCGGGACGCCGCUCCAGCUCACUUUCACGCCCGGCACCGGGACUCAGGGCGGGUCCGUCGACUUUUCGCUGAGCCAGUUCCCGGUCGGUUACUACCCGUACGUCGGCGCAGUGGUUGGUAUGCAGUUGAAGCCUCGCAGGGGACUCAGAUGGGGGUGGGCUCCGCCAAGUAGCACCGCACUACAUCGAGAGCCGGAUCUGGCUGUACGACCCGAGCGACCAGUCGAUUAUGCCGCGAUGAGACAACAGCGAUGGGUCGGGGUGGGUGCCCUGCAUCAUUCUCGUACCCGGAGGAAGCGAUCGUAUGUCUUUCCUCCUAGUACGUCCGUUCGAAUAGCUGCGGAUGUUGAUUGGCUUCGUCAGCCGCUUUGAGCCCAAAUUCGAUCAUCUUCACCGGCAGCUCGGGCGCAUUCCAUUCUGUGUUCGAUCCGGGAUUCGCGUGGCCGGACAUGGUGCGUCGUCGCUUUGGCCCGCCUCCGGGUACUACUGAGGCUGACUUGUGCCGAUACCCGCAGAUCAUGAGCUGUGAGCCCGUCACGGCGGCUGCGCCAUAAAUAGACGACUGUAUGUAUCUUCAUCUCCUCGGUCGGGGGAUAUCACAGGCAUUGCGCUCGGGCUCUGUUCGGGGAUGUUGUGUUCUGCUCUGUCAUUAGGGGUCGAUAGAAAUUCACGAGCCGGAGUGGUUGCUUACAAACGAGUCAUGCCCCAAUGGCGUGCCGCAUUAUUCAGGCUCAGGCUCAGACGCGAUUUCGAUCUACACGUAAGGUAUGGGCCACUGGCAUGUGCGCGGCUCCUUGGUCGUAUCGUACACGGAUAGAUACGGAUAGUCUUCGGGACAGGCGUUCGGACCGAGGGACCGAUCCGGGAUCUGCCGACGCUUGGGUUGACGGCUUACGUCAAACUGCGAGCGAAGUAUCCUUGAUCCGCUGCAAAAUCGGAUGCUUCUAUUGUUGCCAUCAUGUCGAUGACGUGUCACUCAGACCAGGCUUGGACAGGCCCGAGCAACAGAGCCCGACAGAGCUCAGGCUGAGAUGCGCUGGUUGCCCGAUUCCGCACCCACAUGUAAUGGGUCAGCAUGAUUUGAAAGGCAUCUUGGGAGCGUACAGAAGCUGACGAAGAGAUCUCCGCACAUCUUCGCUUGCUCCUGGCCGACGGCAAAUCGCGCAGAUUGAUCGGACAAACCUUGUGCCCGCUGCGCGUACCUGCCCAGUUGGCGCCGCACAUCUCCAAACGACUUUUCCCACUCGAUGUCAGGGCGCAGCACUGGGUGUGUGUGUGUGUGCGCCCCAUGGGAGCGCCGCGGGGCGCUGGGCAGACGAUUCCGGGUGGUCCAAGCGCGAGACGGAUCCGACGCGUGCAGUGAUCGUCGCGUCGGCGCACGGAUCACCCGCCUUUAUCACCCAUCAGCUGUGCCUUGUCGCGUCAUUUUAACAACGCACUCCCUGCAGCGUUCCUCUUCAUUCGUCCAUCUCUCUCUCUCCCCUUCCGUCUGCGCCCAUGCCGCAGUCCGACGAGAGCGUCUCCGAAGAUUCUAUCGGCGAGCCACCCGUCGCCGACUUUCUCGAGUCACGGAAGGACAUGCAGAGGGCGAAAACCAGGGCGCGUAUGGUGCGGCUGCGCCAACGCGUGAAGCAGCUCCCGCCGGACGAGCAGGAGGCCGUCAAGGCACGUGCCAGAGCCGCACGCGCGCGGUACCGAGCCAACCACCCGAGGAGCGCCUCGGCCAGGGACCCAGACUCUGCCCCGCCCGAAGACUCGCCCCCACCGCCGCCGGCUGCGGCAUUGGUGUCAGCAUCAAUCGCGUCCACGAGCGGGCCCCGGACAUGUCUGGUGCCGUCCCCCGCGUCCCAGCCACCCCCGCUGAUCGCAUCAGCAUCAUCCGUGUCGUAUUUCCGCGCCCGACGCGACGGGUGGAGAAGCGACAGCAGCAGCCCCGCCGCCGCAGCCGCCGCUUCGUGCCCCCAGUCUAGGUCUCCGCUUCUGGCUCUGCCUCCGCCCCCGCUGCAGUUGCAAUCGCAAUCGCAAUUGCAGCGACGCCCGCCGCCGCACGACGGCGCGCACACCCCUACGUACAUACGCGAACCUGCCGCCGGAAGACGAAGCGGAGUACUUCGCGUGGCUCCGCGCGGGGCGGGGAUAACAGAGGGUCUGCUGGGAACUUGGUUCCGCUGCCCCUGCCGACUGCUGCUUGCUGCCCCUGCUGCCUCUGCUGCCUGUGCCCGCGAUGUAUUUUUAGUUUCUGCUGUAUUUUUAUCGGGUCGAUCGCUGCGCAGCGAGCAUCGGCGCCAAGAGAUCGCAGUACCGCAGAUUGAACCUCCGGUGCGAGAGCGAGGAUUCGAGCUUCGGAGGGAUGGGAGGGUAGUAGACACACCCGUGUAAAAAUAACCGAUGACAUAAUAUGCCGAUGAUCUCGACAUCUUGCCUGUGAGGCUGGGGGAGAUUAUUCAUCUUCCUCGAUCUUUUCGGAAAAUUACAGUACUGACACAAUUGCUUACUCGCAUUUCUGUUUCAGUAAUUCCCGACCUGUCGGCCGAAGGAGCCCGAAGCUCGGCAAUGUUGUUUCUGAGCUGAGGGAUAUAUACGAUGCGUGUGACAAAAAGGGAUGUGCGACUUAUUGCCGAAAUGGGCCCCCGGCUACUUACUACGCAAAUCCAGGCCCGAAAAUGGCCAUCCCUCAGUCUAAACAAUAGCGAAAAUCAGGCCGGAACACCAAAC